GGCGGGAGCGCGGCGGGAGCAGGUGGAGUGGCCGCGGCGGCGGCGCUGCCAUGGCUCCGCGUCCCGGCCCAGAGCACCAGCCCCCACCUCGGCCCUCCUCGCCUGCCCCUGGGGCCCACCAGACUUUGGCCUUUGCCGGCGCCCCAGCCUAGCCAGCCUCCCCUCGCUGUCCGGUUGGGAUUUGGGGGCUGAGCCGUCUGGGGUCCCGGGGCCAAUGCAGUGCCGCCUCCUCCGGGGCCUGGCGGGAGCCCUCCUCACCCUUCUGUGCACGGGGCUCCUCUCCCUGCGGUACCACUCGAGCCUGUCCCCCGACGGCGCGCGGGAGGCCGCCGCGCUGGGCCCGCCAAGCCCUCUGUCCCCCGAGCUGCAGUUGCGCGAUGUCUUCAUCACGGUCAAGACGACCCGAGCCUUCCACCGCUCGCGCCUGGAGCUGCUGCUGGACACGUGGGUCUCCAGGACCAGGGAACAGACCUUUGUCUUCACCGACAGCCCAGAUGAAGGCCUCCAGGAGAGACUGGGGUCCCACCUCGUGGUCACCAACUGCUCCACUGAGCACAGCCACCCCGCCCUGUCCUGCAAGAUGGCUGCUGAGUUCGACACCUUCUUGGCCAGCGGGCUGAGGUGGUUCUGCCACGUGGAUGACGACAACUAUGUGAACCCAAGGGCACUGCUGAAGCUGCUAAAAACCUUCCCACAGACCCGAGACGUCUACCUAGGCCGGCCCAGCCUGAACCGGCCUAUCCGCGCUUCGGAGCCCAGGCCGCACAACCGCACGAGGCUGGUACAGUUCUGGUUUGCCACUGGGGGCGCUGGCUUUUGCAUCAACCGCAAACUGGCUUUGAAGAUGGCCCCGUGGGCCAGUGGCUCCCGCUUCGUGGAAACAGCCGCGCUCAUCCGGCUGCCCGACGACUGCACCGUGGGCUACAUUGUCGAGUGCAAGCUGGGGGGCCACCUGCAGCCCAGCCCCCUCUUCCACUCCCACCUGGAGACCCUGCAGCUGCUGGGGGCCGCCCAGCUCCCAGAGCAGGUUUCGUUCCCUCCACUGUCUCCUCUACCCAGAUACUCCUUGGUGCCCACAGCUGGUGGCCAGAUGAACCCUGAACUGCUGGGCAAAGAUUGGGCUGAGGCCUCUGGUUAUCCUUCGCCUCCCCAGGCAGCCCUGGGGACCUGUGGCAAGUGCCCUUUGGUGGACAGUCCCUGGCAUGGCCUCUGAGCGGUGGGCCAGCCCAGGGUUGGAUGGUGGCUGGCAGUGAAGGCAUGCUAGGCCCCCGGGAAGUGGAUUGGACAGCCCGGGGAACAGGUGCACCAGGUGAGGGCCAGAGAGGCCCCAGGGACUGGGCUUCUGUGGGUCUUGAGUGGCUGGAUUGAAUAAGCAUGGGGGAGGGGGGGCCCUUGAGCUGGGCUGGGGCUCAGGGGUCCUAACCCUCUAGAGAAUUACCUGGGCCCCUGGUGGGGUCUGGCCUUCCACUCCCAGCUCUGGUCUCUGUCGUUCCCCCUGGGGCCAAGCACUGGGCCGGCCUACUCCCGGCUCCCUCGGCUGGAUUCCCAGUCACGGAGGGGACCCAGGUGGAAUAGUGGCAGAAUCCAGGGUCUGUGGCAGAUACGGGUGUUGCCCACCAGUCUCCAGCUCCUUGCUCCCACCCCUUGCUAACAGAUCCCAUUUUGUUUGGAGAAUCAGCCUGCCCAGACUCAGAUCCUGGCUCAUGAUGGACCCCAGCCGGUCGUGAUGAUCUUUUUGGUCAUUUUCCCAGCCUCCCUUGCUCAGUCUAUUAGUGUGAACUAAACGAAGCCAAUAGGGAGGCUUCUGGAAGGGCUUCUGGGGAAGACCAGGCCCGUAUCCCCUCUUCCUGCUGUGAAUGUGGGUGCGAUGUCUAGAUCUGGAGUGGCUGCCUCGUUAUCACGAAGGAAAGGCCAUGACAAUCAUGCACACUUGUCCCUUUUGGCAUCUGGUUCUGUAAGAAAAUUAAACCCUUAUUUGUUUAAACCUCUCUUGGUCUAGUUUCCUGUUAGAUCUGCAGCCACUGUGUUCCUGGCUGGGGCGGGGUCUUUGCUCUGCCUGUCACAGUGGGGAUGGUGGUGUUGGUUUGGGUCCUGAGCUACAUGUCUCUGCUCUGCCCUUGCCGG